AUGGCUGUUGUACAGAUUUAAAAAGGACACAGCUGCACAGCUGCUCAGUUUACUCUUACACGGUGGAGCUGACUACUGGACUGGACUCUGAACUACCCACAAGGCACUAGUUCCCUAGUUCUCCUCCUGCCUGUGUGUGAAGGAGAAGCCGGUGGCAUUGUCCCAAAGGUCUGUAUAUAAGAUGAGAGAGGGAGGAUGUUGGAUUCCUCAAUAAGGCAUCCAUUCAGUGGCUCAAGAAACCUGUUCUGAAGGCUGGCCGGGUUUAAACUGUUCAAUCAGAUAUAUCUUCACUUCAGAUCUGAAGUUCCUCCAGAAGACUACCUCACCUCACCUCACCUGACUGGGACCAGCUACAAUACAGCCAUGUCUCUGCUGGUCCAUGUUCUGGCCUGCUGCUUCGGCCUGGGCUCCUGGGUGGCUGUCAAUGGCCUGUGGGUGGAGCUCCCCCUCAUUGUCAACACCCUCCCCGAGGGCUGGGAACUACCAUCCUACCUGACAGUCAUCAUCCAGCUGGCCAACUUGGGGCCUCUGCUGGUCACUGUCAUGCACAAGCUGUGUCCGGGCCGGCUGAGGGAGAGCGCUGUCAUCUACAGUGUGUUGUCCAUUGGCGUCCUGGCCUGUGUACAGUUGGCGUUCUUCUGGGAUGAGACCACGGUGGUGGCAGCGGCACCACGGAGCACAGUCUUCUUUAUUCUAACCCUUUUCCUGGCCUUGGUGGAUUGUACUUCCUCUGUUACCUUCCUGCCCUUCAUGAUGCAGCUGCCAGCCCACUACAUCACCACCUACUUCAUUGGAGAGGGCCUGAGUGGCUUUAUCCCUGGUCUGGUGGCUCUUGGCCAGGGCGUCGGCAUGGCCAAGUGUGUAAAUGGCACUCAGUCCUCUGGUAACCUCACUGAAAAGGACAUAUACAUUGUCCAGACCCAGUAUCUACUGCCCAACUUUUCCACAGAGGUGUUUUUCUUCUUCUUGGCGGCGAUGAUGUGCAUCAGCCUGCUGGGGUUCUCUGCCCUCAACAGGUUCCCACGCAGCUUUGAACUGUCCACAGAGAACCUGGUUUCAGACACUGACACAGUGGCGUCAGUCUGCUUCGGUCUCGACAACCCUGGAGUGGUAACAGACGUGCAGAACUCUAACCCAAAACCCCACAGUGAGGAAUCAGGUCAGGCUAGGCCACAGCUGGCUAAACCAGGCCACUCUGUUUAUCAGUUAGCUUUUAUCUAUUUCAUGGUGGUCUGUGUGAACGGGGCAACCAACGGCCUGUUGCCCUCGGUGCAGACGUACUCCUGCAUGCCCUACGGUAACCUGGCUUAUCACCUGUCGGCGGCUCUGGCAUCCUGUGCCAACCCAGUGGCCUGUAUAGUCGCCCUGUUCUUUCCUAAAAGGUCACUAGUGUUGCUGGGUGUACUGUGUCUCCUGGGCUCAGUCUUUGGAGGAUACAACAUGGCCAUGGCUGCCAUGAGUCCAUGUCCAGUACUACAAGGCUCUGUGCUGGGAGAAACCAUCAUAGUUCUGUCUUGGGUCUUCUUCACGGGGACCCUGUCCUAUGUGAAGGUAAUGGUGGGUGUCAUCCUGAGGGACGAGAGCCACAGCGCCCUGGUGUGGUGUGGAGCAGCGGCACAGACAGGCUCUCUGCUUGGCUCUGCCAUUAUGUUCCCUUUGGUCAAUGUCUGCAACCUCUUCGAGUCAGGAGACUUCUGCAACACCAAGUGCCCUUUUUGAUGAUGACUUAUACCUGAGACACUAACAUGCCCACUGGUAAGUAGUCUUGUCCGAGCCAGAACGGCCCAUAUGGCAGGAGCUUACCUCUUGUUUCUGUAGUGCGAGGCAGCUUGAUGUACAAGUACACCCCCUGGACAGGAGUACCUGCUAGUACCUAUACCCACUGGGGUGAUGUGUGAAUAAGGUGGGGGUCAAGGAAAAGACAAUGACGGGACAAUGACGUAUCUGGCCUCAAAUUAGAGAUUGGACUCUAUGUCUUCAAGGGCACCCUGUGGUGAGAAUAAAAUCCACCUGGAUCAAUGGAGUAAAGUAUACGAUUUCAAACUGUUGUUCAGUUAAUAAUUGUAUGUAUUUCUAUGCAGUAUGAUUCACAACCCACACUCAAGGGUGUUGGAGCAAUUGUUGUAAAUAUCUACAUUAUAAAUCUCAUAACCUUAUCUUAUUUCAAAUGUACGGUUUUAAAACCAUUACUUGUUGAAUAAUUGGGAAUUUAAGGAGACAGGCAGAAUCCAGAUUCAUGUUUGGUUUGUAAUUGCUAAUUAUAGUGCCAUGAAAUGUUUAUUAUUGAAUUAACCUUAGAUUUACACUGAGUGUACAAAACAUUAAGAACACCUGCUCUUUCCAUGAGAUAGACUGACCAGGUGAAUCCAGGGGAAAACUUAUUGAUGUCACUUGUUAAAUCUAAUUCAGUCAGUCUAGGUGAAGGGGAGGAGACAGGUUAAAGAAGGAAUUUUAAGACAAUUGAGACAUGGAUUGUGUAUGUGUGUCAUUCAGAGGGUCAAUGGCAAGAUAAAAGUGCAUUUGAACAGGGGUAUGGUAGUAAGUGCCAGGUACACUGCUGGGUUUUUCAUGCUCAACAGUUUCCUGUGUGUAUCAAGAAUAGUGCACCACCCAAAGUAUUGGCGUCAACAUGGGUCAGCUUCCCUGUGGAACACUUUUGACAGCGACAAGUUACAUUUGCAUUUUAGUCAUUUAGCAGACACUCUUAUCCAGAGCAACUUACAGUAGUGAAUGCAUACAUUUCAUUUUAUUUUUUUAACAUACUGGUCCCCCGUGGGGAUCGAACCCACAACCCUGGCGUUGCAAACACCAUGCUUUACCAACUGAGCCCCAAGGGAGCCACAAGUUGUGGCUUUUCUGAAGGCAAAAGGGCGGUGGGGGUAUUGUAUAAAGGGGGCGGGGGGUGCGGGGGGGGUGCAAGUCAAUAUUAGGAAUAUGUUCUUAGUGUUCUGUAUGUACACUCAGUGUAUAUCACGGUCACUCUGCUGAACCCACUGGUGUUUGCUCUAUUUAGAAUGUUUCAGAUUGUAACACUAGAUGGCGUUAGUAGACCAUGUUAGAAAAAACUAUUCUUUGCGUUCCUCAGGCAUCCCUGCAGAUUCUCUUGUCAACACAAAAUACAUUUCAUUACACUUUGUCUAUUCAACACUUAUUGUAUAAAGGCUUUUAUAUCUCUAUGUUUGUGUGUGUGUCAGUGUGAAAGAGCAUUCCAUGUAAGAUCAUCAUAUGCACUGUUGAUUGUUUUUGUAAAUACAUUAUAGAUCAUCAUGUG